AUGGCAUCUUCUCGCCCGGCCACAGCCGCCUUAUUGCGCGCGCUGCGGCGGACAAGCACGGCAUCCCGACAAUCCUCCCGCGCGGCUGCAACGUCACUCCCCCUCCGAACUGGUCCCGGGCCUGCAGCCACCACCACCACCGCCGCCGCCGCGCCGCUCCAGUUCCGCCGGCCAAGCUCAACCUCGAGCUCGACUUACUCGUCCGUCUCCCCCGAAGAAGUCGAGCACUUCAACAUCCUCGCCGCCGACUGGUGGGACCCCCACGGCUCCUCGCGCCUUCUGCACCUAAUGAACCCCCUCCGCCACAACUUCAUCCGCGACUGCCUUGCCAGCCAACCCGACCCGUCACCCACGCCCACGCGCUUCCUCGACGUCGGCUGCGGCGGCGGCAUCUUCGCCGAGAGCGCGGCCCGGCUGCCCGACACUACCAAAGUCACGGCCGUCGAUCCUACGCCCGGCGUGCUCGCCAUCGCAAAGGGCCACGCGCGGCGUGAUCCGGCACUGCGGGGCAAGCUGGAAUACAAGGCCGCUACGAUCGAGACGCUUCCCGUUCCGACCAAGGUUGAGGAGUGUUUUGAUGUGGUGUCGGUGUUUGAGGUCGUCGAGCACGUGUCGUCGCCGGCUGAGUUCCUUGACCGGUGCGCGCCGUUUGUGAGGCCUGGCGGGUGGCUUAUCGGGAGUACGAUUGCGAGGACGUGGACGAGCUGGUUUACGACGAAUUUGAUUGCCGAGGAUAUUCUGGGGAUUGUGCCCAAGGGCACGCACGAUUGGCGCAAGUACAUCAACGACGACGAGCUCAAGGGCAUGUUUAUGGGGAAGGGGUGGGAGAUGCCGAGGGUCAUGGGGGUUGUGUAUGUGCCUGGUCUCGGGUGGAGGGAGGUCAAGGGCAGCGAGAAGGUUGGAAACUACUUUUUCGGUGUGAGGCGGGCGGCGUGA